CUUAUUUUAUCUGCGACGUUUUCUUUGCUCUUUUAAAACGAACAUCGCCCCCCUUUACAUCUCCUUAAUUUCGUUGCAUAUCCGACAAGUCAGUGCCCCUUGAUUUGCGACCUACACUCCAGACCUGACUUGGGAUUCCAUGUUGGUGCGAGUGGCCCAGGCAGCCGAACACGCUGCUGCUUCGCUGUGCGACAAACAUGGACCAACCGCGGCAUUUUGACGACUUGGCGGACGAGCUCAUUCAGGACAUCCUUUCGUUUCUUCUGGGCUUCGAAUAUUCCUCCCUCGAAGCCUCCCCCACGACUUCGCAUGGUUCCUCGACUCCACUGAAUGCCCAAUCCCCCCAUGUAUACGGUGAGAAGUCUGAGUUGGACCGGUUCCGACUCGUCUGCCGAAGGUUCAUGCGCAUCGGCACACCGCAGAAAUUCCCUCGCUUUGUGCUGCGGUUCUCGUCGGAUGGAUUCCGGAGGCUAGAGGAACUUUUGAGCAUGCAGCUAGCCUGCCAUGUUCGAAAUUUCACGUACAUGAGACGGUUGAUACUGACAAUUUUCCUCUCUCGUCGACCCACCGACGUCGCCUUCACGAGCAGAAACGUAUCGUCGAGGCGAGUCACGAUUUGUUAUAUCUGCGCCGCGCGAUCGGAGCAUUCACAUCCCUGCAGCAGGUCAAGUUGCUGCGACUGCAGGAUGAGGCGGAUGAGCAAAUUCUGGAUUGGAUUCACGAACACUCAUUGGGAGGAACAACGCGACUGAACUGGGAGCCAGCGUGCACCAGAGCCGUCACCAAUUUGAGCAUCGCCCUCUUGGAUUCAAAUUGUGACGCUGUUCGAUUCGUCGGCCCACAGAUCAGCCCAGAGGC